UGAAAUGCCUGCUGUGCAAAAGACCUGUGGAGUAUUUUCUGCUAGGAUUUGCAAUUCCUCUACUGUUCCUCUACAGAAAGAACAGCUUUAUUUAUGUACGCUCAGUCACGUUCAAAACAAGAAAGAAAGAAAGAAACGUAAAAAAGAAAAAGGCGGUCGGAGCCCACAUUGCAAACAAUACUUACCAGCCUAAGUCACAGUUCUCCAUCACUGCCACUGGGUGUCGCCCCACAGCAUCUAAUAUCGGUCCUGUGCGCUUAUUCCGCCACCACCCCCCCCCCCCCCCCCCCCCUUUUGCCUUGUACUGUGUGUGCGUGUGUGUUGUGUGUCGGAUAGAAAGUCAGCCUGGUUUCCAGCUGAGUGCUUGCUCUCUCACAGUGUGUGUGUGUGUUGUCAUUAUUAUCCACUCUGCUCCCAGCUCAGAAUGGCCAGAUUCACUCAGACUGAAACAAGAAGGCAGCACCAUCCACAGCAGCCCCAGCCCGCUCACUCCAGCCUGGUUUUCACCGGACCGGGGGCACCACCGACCCAACAGCCACUACUACUUAUCCCACAUCAGCACCAGUACCCUCAGAUCACAUUUCCGAAACCCAUGAACGGGUCAGAACCCAUUUCAAUUCAUCCGGAGAGCGGCAACAUGAAAGACCAAGAUGCCAUUAAGCUGUUUAUCGGGCAGAUACCGCGGAACUUGGAAGAAAAAGACCUGAAACCGCUGUUUGAACAGUUUGGGAAAAUCCACGAACUGACAGUUCUAAAGGACCGAUACACCGGCAUGCACAAAGGCUGUGCAUUCCUCACCUACUGCGCUCGAGAAUCGGCCAUCAAAGCCCAGAACGCCCUCCAUGAACAGAAAACACUGCCAGGGAUGACUCGCCCCAUCCAGGUGAAACCGGCUGACAGCGAGAGCCGUGGAGAAGACAGGAAGUUGUUUGUUGGGAUGCUGAACAAACAACAGACUGAGGAGGAUGUUUACCGCCUCUUCGAACCCUACGGAGUCAUUGAGGAGUGCACAGUCCUAAGAGGUCCUGACGGAAACAGCAAAGGUUGCGCCUUUGUCAAGUUUUCCACGCAUACUGAGGCUCAGUCUGCAAUCAGUGCCCUCCAUGGCAGCCAGACCAUGCCAGGUGCUUCCUCCAGCUUGGUGGUCAAGUUUGCAGACACAGACAAGGAGCGCACCAUCAGACGUAUGCAGCAGAUGGUCGGACAGUUUGGCAUCUUUAACCCAGCCAUCGCCCUUCCCUUCAGCACCUACAGCUCUUACGCACAUGCGCUCAUGCAGCAGCAGGCAGCCAUCAUGGCAGCAAGCCACGGAGGUUACCUCACGCCUAGCGUGGCUUUCCCCGCCACACAGAUCCACCAGAUGGGGGCGCUCAACAUCAACAGUCUCCCACCCACCCCCAUGACCCCGGUGUCGGGUGAGUUUCAUCAAACCCUGGGCCUCAGUUCUCCACCAGCCAACAUCACCACCUCUGCUGUGCCCAGCAUCGUCACGCCGAUCGUCAACGGAUUCACCGGCAUCCCUCAUCAGCCCAACGGACACCCUGCUGUGGAGACUGUGUACACCAAUGGCCUGCCACCCUACUCCACCCAGAGCCCCACCGCUGCUGACACCCUCCAGCAAGCCUUCACAGGUGUACAGCAAUACACAGCGAUCUACCCAGCCACCACACUGACUCCCAUUGGCCAGACACUGCCCCAACCACCCCAGGUCAUCCAGCAGCAGCAGCAGAGAGAAGGUGAGGGUCCGGAGGGUUGUAACCUGUUUAUCUACCACCUGCCACAGGAGUUUGGAGACAAUGAACUCAUGCAGAUGUUUCUGCCCUUCGGCACCGUCAUCUCCUCUAAGGUCUUCAUGGACCGGGCAACCAACCAGAGCAAGUGCUUCGGCUUUGUGAGCUUCGACAACCCUGCUAGUGCACAGGCAGCUAUUCAAGCCAUGAAUGGCUUUCAGAUUGGGAUGAAGAGGUUGAAAGUCCAGCUAAAGAGACCGAAGGAUGCCAGCCGCCCUUACUGACACAGCCUACCUUCAGUAUUCAUUGCAGCAGCACAGGUUUUAGAGGACACAUGAAGAUAUCUCGGAGGAGUUAAACUUUUUUUCUUUGAAAGCAAAAUAUGUUUUAAAAAAAUCAACACAUAAGGAAUUUUUGAAGACAUAUCAGCAUUUACUUAUGAAGAUAUAGGUUACGGCAGAAAAAAGAAGAUGCAAAAGAGGAGGAGGAGGAGGAGGCGCUUCACCGGCGGACUUAACAGUAACAGAUGGCACAGAACAAGAAAGACGAGAAGAAAAAAAAACUGAAAAAACAUGUGAUGAGACUGAACAACAGAACUUUUUCUUGUUGAGACUUGAAUUGUUAAUUAAGCAACAAACUUACAAACAAAAAAGCAGCAACAACAAAUAGAUUUCUAUAUACAUAUUAUAUACACUUAUAUUUAAGGAAAGAGGCGCUUGUGGCUUUUACUGUACUGGACAAAUGAGGGUUAAAACUUGAAGAUCAAGAAAAACAGUGGAAAAAAAGAAGCUAUUCUAUAUGUCCACUGACAGACUUUCUUUCUCUUUCCCUCUUUCUCUUAUUCUCUCACCGUCUCUCUCAGCAAGCGCAAAACUAUGACUCUUGGAGGUCACUGAGGUUUCCAUUAUCAACAGUAGAACUGCAAAUCUUUCACCCCUAAGGGACCAAAGGACCAAACAUUUUUAUUGUUCUGAACAGUAAUAUAUAGUAUUAAUGAUACUAAUACUACAAACUACUACUAAUGAUAUUACAAAUUAAACUUAAGAAGAAAUACUAGCUUCAGGUUGAAAAAAAAAAGAGAAAAAGGGUUUUGGUUUCUUUUCCGUUUACAUUUAUGGCUACUGGGUUUGAGGAUAUUAAAACAAAACAGAAAAAAAAUGUAUAAAAAAAGACAGCUAUACUAAUUUAGUGGCGUAGAAUAUGUGGGUUAGAUAUUUAUUUGGGCAUGUUCAGAUAUGUUCUUUUGCCACUUGUUGCUUCAUCGCAGCAUUUCAUCUCGGGUGUGUGUGUGUGUGAUCUGUCGGGAUUAUUGUGUCAGCAGAAGAGGAAACGAGUCUCGUAGUGCCAAAUGUGACACGGCAACAACCUCCUAAACCAAACGUCAGUGAUCUACAGUGUAUUUAGCCAUGUAAUGCUGUCUUCUGUCCCUGUCAGCAUGUCGAAAUUCCAUAAUUGAAGCAAGGGUAAUUCCAUGUCACCAUUAAAGCCUUGAUAUUACAGAUAAUCUGACCAUAAAGCACUGUGCUAAAAGUGCCACCCGGCUGAGCUGAAUACGCAGCAGUAAAACAGCACAGCGUCUGUAAUAAUAAAAUAUACAAAUGAGCCUGACAGCAGUUGUAAAAAAUUUCCAUCGGCAUGUCACAGUGGUCCCUGCCGGGUCGUGCCCUCUCCCGCUGCCAAGCUCCUCCAGCUGCUCUCAGCAGGCGAGAGCAAGACUUCCCUCCUCUUUCUCUCCCCCUCCGCCCUCCUCCUCACCUCACCUCCAAGUGCCAGCAGAUCUCUCUCUUAAUAGGGACCAUCAGUUCACGGGGGCCAAGAGCUAACCCACAGCAUAAUUAGGAUAAUGGUAAUAUUGAUCAGAUGGGGAGCAGCACCGCAGGGCACAAGAUGCACAAUCAAUUAGACAUUGGCAUUUUGAAUGAAUUGACUGAGUGACAGAGUCCAUUUUUCUCUCAGUGGUUGGAUGGGAGUCUUUUCACCCCCUUGCUACUGUCCACUGUCUCAGAGGCGACCUCAGAUCUGACAGAGGCGACAUCUCCUGUGGGAUGUUUGAAAGACACUGAGAUCCAUGCCGUGAUUGCAGAGAAAUCAAAAGAUCUGAUCUGUAUAUAGUGUUUAGAGUAGAUUAUACAAGUUCUUCAGUGAAGAACAGCUGUAUAGUUUCUUUCCAAAGGGUAUAAUAGCACAGUAAGAGCUUGUACACAGUGAGGAACAGCCUGGCAUUACCAGCCUUAGGAGGUCAAAUUAAGAGCAAAAUGAUCCAUCAAUUAGACAGCAGCAGGCCUGUAAGUGUAGCUGCUACAGCUGCUGCUGCUGCUUCAACAACACGACAGCUUACCAUUAGCGCCGGUCACACAUGACUCCUACACAGUGUGGUCACGACACAUCACGCAGUAUCAGAUGUGAUUAAUUAACCAAAGUAGCAUCAUUGUGUUUUUUUUUUUUUUAAAAAAAAAGAGAGACACAAGUACAGUACAUCCGAGAUGAAAGCUGAGUUUAUCUGCUUUGUUUUUUUUAAGUCCAUUUCAAGCUCAGAUUUGUUUAACUUCAACAUCCAUCCAGUUGCCUUUUAGUUUGAAUUGCUUUUUUUUUUUUUCCCAACAUGCUCUUUGGUGACGCAGGUUGCUGUGAAGCGGCUUGCCCCUCAGGGCUCUGGGAGACCUCAGCGCUCUGAUCAUUGCUCUAAACUUUAGACACGUCAGUGCUUCAGUCAUCGAGUUACAGUGCUGUCCCUAUGGCCCCAUCACACAUAGGAAGAAGACAGGACUACUGUACCUUUGCAGUCUGGUUCAACACGUCAUCACCACAAUGGCUUCCCAGGUCCCGAUGACUGUACCUUUAAGAUCUACUUUGGUUUAGCUACUUUAUUCGUACAAUUACUGCUUCACAGGACCAGUAUUAUUAGAAAGUGGGAGUUUCGUUAACAAACACUAUCCUCUUUCACUGUAUAUUGUUCGGCUGCAGCGGAUACUUAAGGUAGAAAUGAAAUACUAGAGAAUGAAGAGUCUUUUGAAGAUGCCUUUUCUCAUUAUGAAUUGCCAAAUUAUGUAAACAUAUCCACUGCAUUUCCUCAUCCUUAACACUUAAAAUGUGUGCCAGAUGAAUUCUAGAAAAUUUAAGAAUUUCUUCUAAAUGUGUUAUUUUUCAGGAAAUACUGAUCAGUAGAACAAAAUAUUUGAUAAUGUGAUUGUAGUAUAGCAUUGUAGGAAAAGGGGUCAGUUCAGGCUGUAAUGACACAGAUGAGUGAAAAGAUUAGAUUCCAUAUAUAUUUUCCAGAAGACAGCUUCUUUUCCCCUUCCCUGAUGAGUUAGUGUUAGUUUCCUCUCUCCUGUCAGGGGGCCCAGCAGCUUUAGGAAGCUGUGAUAUAUGCUCUCCUUUCCCCAGGCCAUACAGGGCCUUAUAAACCCACUCGAAAAUCUUUUCUUAUGGGAUUUCUACUGGUGAGAAUUUUUUAAAUAAUUAAAAUCAAAUUAAAUUCGGCCUUCACAACAGCUUGGGUAAUGCAAAUUAAAGAUGCCAGCUGUGGCUGAAGUGUAAUGAGUUUGAAAAGAUGUUGAGUUAAUUUCAUUCUGCCAGGAAAAAAAAUGAAAUUUGAUCAAAUGCAAUUAAAAUAGUGAAGGUUUGUAAAUGGAGACGGCUUUAGAAGAGUGCAUAAGCAUGAACAUACAUAUCUAGGGUGAAAUGUAGAAAAGGGAAAGAAAAGUAAUGAAAUGACUGAAAUCCAAGAACAAUAUGAUGGAGUUUAACAUUUGAGCUGACUGAAAAUGCACUGGAAAAAAGACAGGAAAUAGCAGCACUGAUU